AUGAGCAUCUCGCCAGCUGAUCCUACCGCCGGCGAUGUCAACCGCGAUGUCCAGCACCUCGAGAAGGCCGACGUGUCUUACGGUCGAGUGCCUCGUGUCACGGUCCGGACCCUCCUGAUGGCUCUCCUGGUAGCCAUGGGCGGCUUUAUAUUCGGCUAUGACACGGGUCAGAUCUCUGGGUUCUUGGAGAUGAACGUCUUUUUGGAGAGGUUUGGUGAGCCUGGAGGCCCCAGCACUCCGGAAAACCCCAUGGGAUACCACUUCACCAAUGCACGAUCUGGAUUGAUCGUCGGUCUGUUGUCAAUUGGUACAUUAUGUGGCUGCUUGAUCGCGGGUCCGAUCUCCGACAGAAUCGGACGGAAAUGGUCAAUCCCUCCGUGGUCCCUCAUGUUCUGCAUCGGAGUCGUCAUUCAGAUGUCUGUUCAAUCGGGUCAGUGGGUCGGGAUUGUUAUGGGACGAUGGGUAGCAGGUCUUGGUGUGGGCGCGCUCUCUGUCUUGGUCCCGCUGUACAUGGCGGAAACCUCCCCCGUGCCAGUUCGAGGAGCGGUCAUCUCUUGUUACCAGCUCUUCAUCACGAUCGGUAUCUUCACAGCCGAUUGCAUCAACUAUGGCACCGAGACUUAUACGGAUACGGGCUCCUACCGCAUCCCUAUGGGAGUCGGCUUCAUCUGGGCCAUAAUCCUGGGAGUUGGAAUCAUUUUCCUCCCCGAGACUCCCCGCUACGACUGGAAUAAUGGCCGAACCGAAGUUGCCCGCACGACGAUGUCGAAAUUCUACGGUCUUUCCGAAGACCACCCCUUGAUCGAAAACGAGUGUAAUGAAAUUGAGAAAGUAAGACAGGCAAUACAAGGGGAUCACCCUUGGUACGAAGCUAUCACUGGCCCACGAAUGCUCUACCGCGUUAUUCUGGCCAUGACUCUCCAGAUGUUGCAACAACUCACAGGUGCCAACUACUUCUUCUACUACGGUACGACCAUCUUCCGCGGCGUUGGGAUCGAAAACUCUUACGUUACCGCCAUGAUCCUUGGUGGUGUCAACGUCGGGUCCACUUUCCUCGGUGUCUAUAUGGCACGACACUUCCGGAGACGCGAGUCCCUUUACAUCGCCGCUCUGUGGCAGUUUAUCUGCUUCAUCGUCUUUGCUUCCGUGGGUCAGUUCCUCUUCAAGGACGCCACGGGCGAGACCGCAAAAACCGCCGGUACCGUCAUGAUUGUCUUUGCCUGUCUAUUCAUCGUGGGUUUUGCUACGACAUGGGGCCCAUUGGUCUGGGCUUGCAUUGGUGAGAUGUUCCCAUUCCGCUACAGAGCUGUGGCUAUGGCCCUUGCUACCUCAGCGAACUGGAUCUGGAAUUUCCUGCUCGCAUUCUUCACCCCCUUCAUCACGGGUGAUAUUCAGUAUGCAUAUGGCUAUGUCUUCGCCGGAUGCAACCUCGCCGCGUUUGUUGUCGUCUACUUCUUCCUGAUUGAAUCGCGUGGCAGAACACUGGAGGAGAUUGAUGCCAUGUACCUCCUUCAUGUAAAUCCGAUCAAGAGCGCAAAGUUCGAGUUCGAUGAGGAGACCAGAAAUACUCUCGGACAGGGGCUGAACACGGACGCUAUGCAUCUGGGACGCAAUGAUAAGGGCGAGGUAGUCAAGGAGGAAGAGGCAGGCACCGUCGGGGGUGUUUUACAGAGAGAAGGCACAAUUCCUGAGAUGCCUAGUAACCAGCCAGCAUGA